CUGACAAACUUUCAGCUUUUAUAAAGUAACUUAGGUCUGGGGUCCACGGGCUCUUACUCUAAUAGGGCAAUUGUAACAUUCUGCCAACCUCACACGUGUUAUAAAAAUAUAUCUAAAAUGAUAAGUUGAACUAGCCUAACAUCGUGCGAGAAAUUUUUUUAGUAUCAGAAGAGGUGAAGCGUUUUUUUAAACUCCAAUAAAAAAGUGAUUCCUAUUUUGUUACAUAUUUAGACAUUAUUCUGGAAAUAUCGUGCGCGGAGGUAUAAAAUCUCUUUUGUUAUAGUUUUAGGAUUAAGUUACAUACGAAAAUAAUGUCUUUUUUCUGUAAUCAAACGCUAAAUCAUUGUUUCAAAAAUUUAGAAAAAAAACAUUUAGAGAGCUAUCAGUUCUACUCACAUUCUUACAUAAUUAAAUGCUAUUGUACAAGUUAAAGAUCUCUCCUUGUGUAUCAUGAGCAUGUCAAUUGAGUUCAUUUUUGCGUGCAGCGUCAUGAGAAUUUAACCCUUGUACUUAAACAGGGACAACUGCCAGUAGAGAGUUACUGCCACACUAAUUAAAGCUUUAAUAGUUUAACAACACAGCUGUCAACUGCUCGCACGUGUUGAAUCAUGUCCCCCUCUUGCCAAGUGACAUUUCUACUAUUGCUAACUUCAAUAGAUCAUGUAUAUGGAGUUGAAAAUUCAAAGUCACGUGAUUUAUCAAAAUGAAUUUUAUUAUCCAAUCCAUAUAACUAAUGUUAAGGAUUGCAAGUGCUAAGCCAUAUUCAAACAUUUCUUGAUAAGAAAAAGAACGAUGGACAUGGCAACUAUAAAAGUUCGGUAAUAAAAGAAAUCUGGUAUAUAUAAAAUGUUUUUAAUAUGUGACGAAUAUAAAAUUGUUGCAAAAUUUACAAUAAAAUCUCGUUGAAAUGAAGAAAAUUUCGAAAUUUACGACCUGUUUUACGAUAGAAUUCAAAAUUCGUUAUCAAAACAAUUGGUAUCGCGCAUGAUUAUUUUAUGGAGUGCAGCGACUACUUAAGGCCGCGCGUGAUGUUCGAUGCCAUUAUAACAGUUCUCGUUCUCAACUUGUGCGGAACUGCGUCGGCGUCAAACCAUCUGCGGAUUCUGGGCGGCCGCGAUGUAGCCGAAGGAGAAUAUCCCUUCGUAGUUAUAUUAACGACAAAGAUUGGAAUACAUCAAAAGUACCACAGAUUUUGUUCAGCCUCCGCCAUAUCUGAGAGAUGGGUACUAACCGCGGGUCACUGCGUCGACCUCGUACGAGCAACAGAUAUAUUCAUAUGGUCGUUUAAUUUUACUACGAAACCGGAAAACUCCACCUCGAUGAUCGACGUUCGCGAAAUAAUCCGGCAUCCAGCCUACUACCACUUCAGGUUUUCAAAAUUUGCUUUGUACAACGACAUAUGUUUGCUGCAUGUGGCGGAGCUGACAGUGGCUCGGUACGGGAGACUACUGGCCGUCGAUCACUUGACGAUGAUAGGGCUACCAGCGAAGUACGUCGGGGGCGGAUUAACGGCACCUAAUAUACGGAACCGCACCGGGGCUCUGCAGGUGGGAGAGGCCGUGAUAUCGUCAUGUGGUGAAGAUGUAACUGUCAACAUACAUGUGAUGUGCGUGACCCCGAAGUGCUCUACUAGGACGCAGACGGCUUAUCGGGGGGACUCCGGGGGGCCGCUCAUGUUUGAGGACCACAUCAUAGGGGUAUGCUCCUAUGGACGCAAAUCGAGGUUUGUGCCGACGUCUGUAUUUGCACCGGUCAGCCCCUACAUCGAUUGGAUUUAUAAUGUGAUGCAGAAGUAUGAAGAAAACUCUACAAAGGUAUAGAAAUGAAAAAUUGGAGACAAAUAUUUCGAAGAGUAUUGUUAAUUUCAACACACAGGAGUGCACGAUAAACCUGCAUUAUUUUUGAGGAACCGCUUGCUGGUUGAGGACGAGAAACGUAACGGUUGUGACUAACAUAACUUAGGAUAAACACUUACGUAUCAUUAUAAGUUGCUUAAAAAUAAACAUCAUGCUGAAAAUUUGUUUUUCUUAAUCAAAUUCCAUUAGAAUCCUCUCAAAACUCAGGUUCGCCUCUCAAAACUUUAGAAGAAGUCAGAAGAAAAAAUGCUAGACCAAACUCCACAACCUAUAUCUGAAGCAGG